CGAGGACGAACGCGUACGCAUGUAAUCAUACAUCUACCAACGCCAUAUAAUACGCGAUACCUACACUCAGUUAUUGUUUUGUUAUAAUUUUAUUGUAUCGUAACAAUAGUCGAUCGACGUCAAAACUAUUUAAGUCAGUGUUUCGUGACAAUUAAAAAUAAAUACUCAGGUAGUCGAAACUAUACUGCUGCUUCUUUGCAAAGCUUUUAAAUACACUUUCAUUUGUUCGUCGCGUAAAUAUUGAAAAUACCACCAGACGAUUCACGAUGAAGAUCGAAAACGACACGGACCCUUAUAUGUGGUUUGCCGACUGUCUGGGACCUGAGCCGCAGGAUUGGAUGAAGGACGUGGGGCUAGAUUGGUUUGACGAGGAACUGUUAGGCCGACCCGAAUCACCCACACCGUCGGUACCGGUAUCACGAUCCGUGACUACGGAAAACAACGGUGACCAACGGAGAUACCGUGGUGGUUACCCGUCAUAUACCAUCGAGUCGUCCGCAUGGCUCAUCCAACAACACCAACAGUCAGCCGAUUCCGGAGACGACAACGAUGAAAAUGACUCGUUACCACCGCCCGUUUUGCCAUCCAUGAUACCCGGCACCAGGAGUUUUUCCGACCAGCUACACAGGAUCCGGAAACCAUACGCCUUAGGAUCACCACCAUCUACCUCAACAUCGUCUGCAUUAUUGGAAGUCCAAGACUUUGAUUCAUUUGGACACACAAUUAUCGCCGAUGAAGAAGUUUGUUUUGAAAUGCCAUUUUUAACGAACGACCAGGUUGAUAAAUCGUUUCUAGCUUCAGAAAAUCAGGUGGUAAUGGCCAAAGACGAUUGUGAUGCUAUGAUGUUCGACACAUUCUUGGAGCCACUGUACCAAGGCAAUCCCUGCGACGGAGUAUUGGCGUGCGAAUGGGAAGGGUGCACGGUAAAAGUCGAUGGGCCAGGUCAAGAACCGCUGGUACGGCACAUCGAGAAACUGCACGUGGACACCGCUCCGCGGGGCGCCUGCGCGCAGUACACGUGCCAGUGGCGGGGCUGCCCCAGGCGCGUGCGUCCGUUCAACGCCCGGUACAAGCUGCUCAUACACAUGCGAGUGCAUUCGGGUGACAAGCCCAACAAAUGCACGUUUGCUGGCUGUCCAAAAGCAUUCUCUAGACUUGAGAAUUUAAAAAUACAUCAGAGGUCACACACCGGUGAAAAACCAUAUUCAUGUCAAUUUUUGGGCUGCUCAAAGGCGUUUAGUAACAGUUCGGAUCGAGCAAAACAUCAAAGAACUCAUUUUGAACAGAAACCAUAUGCCUGUACUGCAAGUGGAUGUAACAAACGGUACACUGAUCCGAGUUCACUAAGGAAACACGUUAAAAACCAUUCACCACAACCAUCUACGAAGCAUUGGUCUAAAAACAAUAUUUUACCUAAACCUCAUAUUCAAUCGGAAUUGGCCAGUACAACAAAUACUCAAAAUAUACGUUAUCCGGAUGAAAAACAAUUUAAAAUCAAAUUAGAAAAGACUCAAUGGUAAAAUGCAUGUUGUAAAGCGAUAUAAUUUUUAGGUUUAUGAAGCCUGUGAUUUUAAAAAUAAAACUCAUGAAUCUAUAUUAAUUUGUUGUGAUUAUAGUAAAUAAAAAUUGUUUAAAUAAAUUGCCUUAAGUAGAUUAAGA